CCCCGCUCCCACGCCGCCUCGUGCACUUUCGGCGCCUGACCUUGCCCCAGCCUUCCCGCGCGGUCCUCCCGGACUCGGCUUCCCCCUGGCCCUGCGCGGGGCGCGAGUGAGAAGUUCCGGAGCCGGGACGCCGGCGGGUGUCGACGCUGCUGUCCCCGCCCCCCCCCUCGCCCAGCCCGCUCGGCGCCUCCCCGGGGUGCGCAGAAAGAGGCUUUUUUGGACAGCUCAGAACAAGGAGACAUUUAUAUGCUUGGAAUGCAAAUUAUUUUGGUACUGAUAAGAAUCCUAACCUAAGAAAAUCAAAUGGCAGCUGGAGAUUUCUGCUUACCUGGAGAAGGGAUGGAAAUAGUUCAGCAAGUGUGCAGCAGGCAGUUUCCUCCUUGUAACCUGAGUGAAGAAGACCUGCUGCAGAACCCGUACUUCAGCAAGCUGCUGCUGAGUCUCUCAAAGCAUGUGGAUGAGAGUGGCUUAAGCUUCUUCCUGGCAAAGGAGCAGGCUGAGGCAUGGAAGGAAGUUCGACUGCAUAAGACAACAUGGUUGAGGUUUGAGAUUUUGCAGCGAGUCAUUCAAGAACUGCUUGUAGACUACUAUCUGAAGAACCAAGACACAAAUUUAACUUUUGAGGACAAAAAGUUCCUUGAGACCCUUGAACAUCGGCUACUUGUGACUGAACUGACACAGAUCUUAGGCCCUACCCAGGAGAGCGAGAUGCCUCCACUGUUAGGGCUGGAGAAGGCGGACCUUCUGGAGCUCAUGCCACCCUCAGAGGAUUUUGUGUGGAUGCGAGCGCGGCUCCAGCUGGAAGUGGAGGAGCAGCUCAAGAGGAAAUGUUUCACUCUGCUUUGCUACUAUGACCCCAAUUCAGAUGCUGAUAGUGAAACCCUGAAGGCUGCAAAGGUGUGGAAACUGGCAGAGGUCAUGGUGGCUGAGAAGCAGCAGUGCCAGGAUGCACAGAUCCAGCAGAAGGAGCAACUGGUGUUGCUGGAGAAGAAGAGUGCCACCUACUCCCAGGUGCUUCUCCGCUGCCUUACCUUGCUGCAGAGGCUACUUCAGGAGCACCGGCUGCAGGCUCAGUCAGAGCUGGAUCGGAUCAAUGCUCAGUACCUGGAAGUCAAAUGCAGUGCCAUGAUCCUUAAGCUGCGGAUGGAGGAACUGAAGAUUGUGUCUGACACUUACACUGCUGAGAAAGUGGAAGUUCAUCGGCUCAUUAGGGACCGCUUAGAGGCAGAUGUUCGCCUACAGGAGCAGGACUUGCAGAAGUCACGACAGGUCCUGAACACCUAUGAAGUUCUUGGGGAGGAGUUUGACAGGCUGGUAAAGGAGUACACCCAGCUCAAGCAGGCAACAGAGAACAAGCGCUGGGCCCUGCAGGAGUUCAGCAAGGCCUACCACUGAGCACAGGCAGAGCCAGGAAGCGUGGCUUCUGUGUAGCUGCUGAUUCCUUCUCUUCCUGCUUUAAGGGCCACUUCCACCUGGUGCUCCCUUAUCUUCGAGGGAGAGUCGGACAUGUGCUUAAAACACUGCAGUUGUGCACACACCCUCCUGAUUUAUGAUGACAGGGUCUCUUCUGGAUACGCAGUGAGCAGAUUUAUGUAAUUUUAUGCAUAGUUGUUUGUCAGUGUCGGCCCUGUGUUUGAUUCUCCUGAAUAAAGUGAUGAUAUUACGUCUUA